AUGUACUUUCCAGUGGUCGGUGGGUUCUGCCGACCGUGCCUCCUCCUUCUCCUCUUCUUCUACAUAGUUCGACCGGUCGACCCCCAACUCUACACGACCCGGUCGCUCGUCAGGGCAGGAAGAACAUGGCCCUUCGACGUGCUCGUCGUUCUGCCCGAGAAAGAGUCCGAGAACGACAAAUUCGGCCUCACCAUCGACAAAGCCCGACCGGUCAUAGAGAUCGCGGUGGAAGAUGUGGUUCGGAUGGGGAUUCAGCCUCAGAAUUGGGUCAAGCUCGACUACAAGGACUCCAGGUUCUGGGAAGACCCCACCUUAGCCGAACGACACGCUGCCACCGCCGUGAUCAACGCACAUUGUGCUGGUCGAUUGGAUGCGGUAAUUGGGUUUGCUGAUGAGUAUUCAUUAGCUACAGUAGCCAAGAUCUCAGCCGGCUUCAACAAAGGCAUUCCCAUCAUCACAACCACCGGUCUCAACUCGGCCCUCGGGGCCAAAAAGAGUUUUCCCUUUCUGUCGCGGAUUCAGGGAUCGUACCAGCAGAUGGCCGACUCCAUCUAUCAGCUGAUCGCCUACCACGGUGUAGACGCCAACUCGACCAGUCUCAACUACAAGAACUUUGUGUUCAUGUACCACGACAAGCGACGGGCCGUCAAUCGGAUGAUCAUCGCGAACGGCGAUGCCAAUGAGGAGACGCCCUCCAGUCACUGUUACUUCACGGUGUACGCGAUCAAGAUGUUCUUCAUGGAGAACAGCCCCUACUUCAAGCAGUCCUGGAAGACGCAGGCUUCUCACGUCGCUUUCGAUGAGGGAAUCCCUCAUUCCAAGACAGAUAUAAAGGAAUGGCUCAAAUUGGCCGCUAAUGCGUCAAACGGUAAGAAAUGGCAUACUAAUUCUCUUGCUUAA